AUGGCCGGCUCAAACUCGGUUACCUCAGCCAGCAUGAAGGCUUCCCAGUCACACGGAGCAUCAGCAACUGUCUCAGCAACACCCGAACACGCCACAGCUACUGUCUCAGUGACACCCAUAAACACCGCCUCUGUUGUUGAGACUUCAUCUCCCUCUGUGAGUCAGAGAAGUGCCUCAGCCGUCUUGAUGCACCAAUCACAAACCACUAUCUCCCGAUCAAUGACAAAAUCACCAACGAUUUCACCAACGAAGGGCGUGGACAGCUUAAUAACCUCUUCCACCUCGACUCUUUCUCAGUUUGUGAAUAGUGGCCUUAACUCUGUAAAUGUUUCUGGAACCUCUUCCAGCGCUCAUUCUUCGGUUUUCUCCAAAAUGUCAUCACGUUAUGACAGUCCCCUUCCUUCCUCCAGCACAGGCUUCAUGGGGAUGACAAAAGUUUCAUCCUCCACGACUGCUCGAGUUGCAUCAAAUCAGAUGCCUUCAGUGUCCAUGCUAUCGGCAUCAGCAAUUCCAGGUCAAUCGUCAGACGAAAUCAGAGUGUCAUCUUCUGCAAUAGUACAAUCCUCCAAUGAUGACCAGUCUACCCUUGUCAAGAGCUCCUCAGUAGGUGGUAACUCGUCUUACGGGGGAUUGAUUACCAUUACAACACAGCAUCUCGAGAUUUCCGUGACAAUGUCUAUGAAAAACGCAACCAAUUCGGUUGGAGUUAACGCUACACCAUCGUCUCCAAUUAUCCCGCUCAGUACCUCUGAUGUAAAGCCACGCCCAACUCUUCCACCCCAAGGAACUAAACUGAUCAACAUGGAAGUGACGUUUAAUUUGGAUUUUAUUGAGGAAUAUAACGAUCAAAAUAGUCUGGAGUACAAGUCAUUGGUGAAGAACCUAACGAGAGCCUUGGAAAACGGUUUCAAAAACCUCGAUGGCUUUGUUGGUCUCAGGAUUGUCUUCAUAAAGGAAGGAAGUGUAGUUUGUAAUUACAUUGUCAUUCUAGCCAAAGAUUCCGCGGUCGAUGGGAAUGAUUUAAAAAAAACUUUACAGGAGGCAAGCGAAAAUGGAAAAUUAGCAUACAAAGUAAAGAAUAUUGAUGUCAAAGAGGAGGCAACAACGGAAACUGUGGAAAAACUACCAGAAUGGGCCUUGGUUAUCAUGAUUCUACUGGGAUGUCUGUCGUUUGUUUUCCUUAUAACUAUGAUCUACUUCUGUGUCAAAUACAGAAGAUCCAUCCUUGGAGACAGUGACAUGUAUUUCAUAUCCAGUGGGGAAGUUGGACAUGUGCAUACUUACGACAGAGUAUCCGUAGGAGAAUAUAAUAAAAACCGAGGCUAUCAAGGUCAAAAAUCUGCCAUAGAUAGACGGGUGAUCGGAUCGCAUACAAAUCCUACCUACGGUGCCAAUGGUGCUUUGGGAGACUAAGAGUUGGAAGUCUUCAGGUCUUGGUACUUGCGUUUGAGCAUUUGGCCAAACGGCUUUAGUCAACUUCAAGUAGAAAUAGAGCGGAACAUGAAACGAUUAUUCUUGGUUUGUGGUAGUUACUUUUCGAAAGCGUGAUGUAAAAAAUUUUUAAGGUGUAUGUCAAGCCACUGUAAAGAGCGUACCUUCAUGCAGGAACUCGACAGCACAGUGAUUCAAAUGGUUGUUAGCUGCAUUAGAACGUGGGUGGGGGUUCAGAUCGAUUUUGCUUGAACGCUGCACGUGUAACAUAAUAUAGCAUAAAUUGCAUUUUGUAGGGUUGAAAUAUAUGAUGAUGAUGAGUUUAUAGAGAUUGAUAAAAAUGAACAGUUUUCCUAUAUUGCUGGAGCAUUUUAGAUUUUCCUCGCUGCAUGAGAUUUGGCGGAACCAAUUCAUCUGACAAGAGCAUUGAUAAAUAAAACUGCACCUUUACAUUUCG